GAGCUGCUAAGCCUCUUUGGAACGUGGCCGCGACCAUGAUCUUGCCUCGCCUGGAUCAAAGACCUCUAAUCUCCAUGGAGAUGCUGAAGAGGUUGAGGAUUUGGUACGAGAUUAUUUGAGCCGUAAUGAGCGCUGAUCCUCCGCUUCAUGACACCGCGGCCCGCCUCUGUGGCCGCGCACGGCUCUCUCACCGCCACAGGUUUGAUGCAGCUAUGAGCCUGGUUUGGGACUCUUUGGAGGAGCUGGAUCCAGAUACCAGACAGGGUGGUUUCACCUGGAGCGGCGCGUCGGGGCGGACGGUUGGCCUGAAGCCGGUGCCCCUGCAGAGCCUGUCUGAGCUGGAGCGGGUUCGACUCCAGGACGUGUCCUUCCGCCGCCUGCUGCGAGAUCCAGACCUGCGUGGCCACAUCAGCAUCCCCAAAUGCGGCCACAAGAGCAAGAAGUCUCUGAGGCGGAAGCUGGAUUCACUGUCCAAAGAGAAAAGCAAAGACCGAGAGACGCUGCCGCAGGCGUUCAGCAUCCCGCUGUGGCAGGUCAUCGCCAACGACCACACGCACAAGCAGCGGCAGGAGCCGGCGCGGGAGGAGCACAGCGACCCCAGCGAGCUGAUGCUGACCUUCCUGCACCUCACCUCCAGCUUCAGGCGCGUCAACAGAGAUUUCUCCAGCAGCAAUUCCUCGCUCAGCUCCGCCUCCGAGACCCAGAACGAGUCGCCGCUCCCCGCCGUCCCGGACCUGGCGCCCCGGACUCGCAGGAGGGUACCACCCCAAAUUUCCUCUUCUCCUCCCUCACAUGACUUAUUCCUCCAGUUCCUCCAAGGAUGGAAGCUUCAGUUGAGUCAAGGCUCUGAUGAUCCUCAGGGAGGCGUGUCGGUGGAUUGCAUCACGGACCUUGACGAUAACCAGUCGCAGCUGCUGGAGGCCCUCCAGCUCUCGCUGCCCGCGGAGACGGCGGGCAGCAGGAAGAAGAGUGGCGACAAGAAGCUCAGCCUCAACCCCAUUUAUAGACAAGUUCCUCGCGUGGUGGAGCUCUGCUGCCAGCACCUGGAGCAGCACGCGUUACAGACCGUUGGAAUCUUCCGUGUCGGCAGCUCCAAGAAGCGAGUUCGGCGGCUGCGGGAGGAGUUUGACCAGGGCUGGGACGUGGGCUUGGAGGAGGAGCGCAGCGUCCAUGACGUGGCGGCCCUGCUGAAGGAGUUCCUGCGAGACAUGCCCGACCCACUGCUGACCAGGGAGCUCUACAGCGCCUUCAUCAGCACCACACUGCUGGAGGUUGCGGAGCAAGAGACGGCCAUCCAGCUGCUGAUCUUCCUGCUGCCUCCCUGCAACUGCGACACGCUGCAGCGCCUCCUCCGCCUGCUGUCGUCCGUGGCUGCACACGCUGGAGACCAGAGCGGACCUGAGCCUUCCCAGGGUCAGGGCAACAAAAUGACGUCGGUGAAUCUGGCGACCAUAUUGGGGCCCAACCUCCUCCACAAGCAGAAGAACUGGGACCGGGAGUUUGCGGUCCAGAGCUCGGCCCGUGCGGAGGAGAGCUCGGCCGUGAUCAGCGUGGUCCAGAGGAUGAUCGACUCCUAUCACAGCUUGUUCACGGUGUCUGCCGACCUGCAGAACGAGGUUCUGAUGAGUUUGCUGGAAAGUGACCCGGACGUUGUGGACUACCUGCUGAGGAGGAAAGACUCCCGGGGCUCAGAGUCGGGCCCCGUGACUCUGGAGGGACGGCCCCUGUCGGAGCGCUGCUCCUCCGACGAGUCCAGUGGCGAAGUGUCUCCGUACGACAACAACUCGCCGGUCCAGUCUGCCGGGCUGCUCACGCGGUCCUCUCAAAGCCGACGCCCGUCUUCAGGUUCACGCCGCAGACUUGACAGAAGGUCCCGAGGACAGUGUGGCAGGUCGGCGCCCGACUUGUCUAAGGACAGAGGCUCCCUGGGAGACACGUCGGAGGGCGAGUCCUGCGGAUCCUCAGACGGCCUCGGCAGUCGCCAAGGUAACAGCAAGCCGCCUGUCCUUGCAGCUGCCGCCUCAUUGGACGGGGCAGAGUGUGGGCCACACCUCCCGCUCGGUCCUGUGGAACAGAGCGGGCGGCAGCCGGGAUCAGCGCCGCUCCCGGAGCUGGCCGGCCAAUUGGAGGCCGUCAGCUCGGACGAUCCGGCAGAAAGGACAGGACGCCCUGGAGGUCACUUCCUCAAAGCCAGAAGGUGCCGUCUGCCCCCGCAUUUCUACUCCAGACCUCUGAGGGAGACGCGCGUCUCCCACCCCUCGCCAUCAGAGUGGUGUCGGCAGCUGGAGCCCCCGAGCAGGUGCCCGGACUCGCAGGCGGAGAAGUGGCUCACAUGGAAGCUUCUGCCCAAGGACAAGACUGACACGCUGCCGGACACUCUGGUGUGACGGGUGCGAGCGGCUCCUCUGGACCCCGCCACUGACGCCGUCCUCACGCAGAGCCUUGCACUGUACAACGCGUCCACACACAAAUGUGCUUUUGAUAUGUUCAUGUAUUGAUACCGAUCAUGGUUGUGCUGCACUGGUCCUCACAACAUUAAAGUGCACUUGCUCUUGCUCCCCGUGAAUGUGGCUCAACUGGACGGAAGGAGACAGUGUGCUGGUCAAAUAAGAUCAUUUUUCUACUUUAAGUUGCUUGAGUUUAACUUCUGACGGUUGUCGGCCUUGAACUCCAAAGUUCUCUCCUCAACAAAAACUCUUUUUUUCUUUGGUAACGUGUUUCAAGCUGGUGUAAAGGCUCUUUCUCCCUGCUCCGUUCAGUGUGAUGCAGUUUUCAUGUGUUUUCUGGCGACUUUUCCUCCACAAACUCUGCUCUCGGUCCUCGGUCAGGGUGAGGUUUCCCAGCCACUGGGAUCUUCAGCAGGUCACUGUCCGGUUCCUCAGCUCACGUGCUGAAGGGUUGGCUUUUGUUUGAGGCUGGAGACCUGGAGCUGGCAGUACUGCAGCCUGGAGCCCUCCACCUGAGUGAGGUGUGUCUGGAGGCAGCGCUGCUGUCGAUCCAACAGGAAAAGUUGCUGCAUCUUCAUGGAAACGGAACUGCAACAGGUGGACUGAAGGCCUCCUGGAUAGUUGGCUCACAUUAAUGAAGCGCAGAGGGAAACGUGGGAGGCUCCUCGCCGGGUCCUGGUGGGCGACUGAAGCAGGUAGGUGGGCUUGCUUUCAUUCCAUGUCCUGAGGACAGCCUCACAUCAAUGAUUAAAAAUAAUCCUCGUCCAUCUCUUUUAAUUGCUGCUGAGGUUCAAUGAAGCCAUGCGAUGGUGAAACCGUAUUCUCAUUUAAUGAGACUGUUGUUACUGUCCGCCUCAUGAAUCGCUGUCCGUGGUGCUCAGGUGGAGGAGGGGGGCCCAGAAACAUCCUGUCAGCAGGGAGGAUGCGGAGAACUUCAUCCUUCAGGUGGCUCCUCCCACUUGCCUGAAGUACCUUGUGAAGCAAAGCAUCUCCACUGGCUUCUGACGGAGGAGCAGGGCUUCUACUCUGAGUCUCUCCUGGAUGACUGGCCUCCUCUCUCUAAGAGAGCUGAGGAGCCUCCUGAGUUCUUCAGAGACACAUACCUGAUGUCCGCGGUGACUCCUGUCCACCGCCUGAAACCAUCAGUCCCAGUUACUUGACGGUGAGGAGUGGUCCCAGCAUGGUCGCUGCAGAGCAACACAGAAGAGACAAAGGGGAUGCAGUACACCAACCCGCCACACGGUGGCAGCAUAAGCCCGCGUCAUAUCCUCCGUCUAGACGGGUUAAAAAAUUGGAUCCAUUACCACAAGAUUGCUCAAUAAUUCAUCACUCAUCGCGAAGCUGCUCGAAACAUCAUUAGCUUUUGCGCGGUGGCUGUACUUUACCUGUUUAAUAUUUAAUACUGCCACGCUCCUCAACCUGCCGUUCUGCUUCACAGACUUGUUAAAACACAG